AUGCAUUCGAUAUCCGACUUGACCACUUUCUGUCGCAAAACCACUGGCGAUGUCCCCCCAAAACUUGUGGGGGCGUCCACAACGGUUGUAGGGUCAAAGAUGUACCUGUUUGGCGGUCGACUCGUGACGGAGCGGCGGAUGGUCGCAGAUCUAUACGUGUUUGAUCUCGAGACCUUUGUUUGGGAGAAGAUCGCUCCAUACCCAGACGAUGGGCUUCCCCCAGCACGAUACUUCCAUAGUGCGGAUGCUUGGAAUAACAGUUUGAUCAUUUUCGGGGGAAUGGGCAUCAGCCCGGACUCUGACAAUCCUGAGGACCUUUGUGUGCUGAAUGACGUUCGGUUCUUCGAUCUGUCCUCAAGGCGCUGGUCGUCUCCGUCUGUCACCGCUGCCUCCGAAAAUCUCAUUCCCAAGGCUCGCUAUGCACAUCUUUCUUCGGUUACUUCGGAUAGACUGUUCAUCAUCGGAGGACAAGACUUGGCAAAUGUCUGGCUCGACGACGUGCACAUAUAUGAUUUAAAGGCCAAGGCGUGGAUACAGCGGCGAGACUAUCCCAGACACUGCGGGACCUACCGCAGCGUCGCCGUUGCUUCCAAUCUUCGCGUCCGGAUUCCCGGAGAUGAGGUCCGAAGUAGGUCGCCCCCAGGCACCAAGUUCCAGUACGAAAGAUUGCCGCCGACCCCUGACAAAUUCACGCAUUGUGAUUCCCUCGUCCACCUCCCUUAUUCCACUGUCCCUACGGAUGAGUACCCCAGUGACAUAUACCUGUACAGCAAUUAUAACUUCACAGAUGUCAAGCGCGAACUCGAGGUGUUUACUCCCCUCCCAGGUCAGAAGUUCAAUAUCACCGACCGCUCAAAUGCUAUGCAAGGCACAUCGUUCCCGCCAGGCCUGCGCUUCCCUACUGGUGCUAUUCUGGGUACUCACCUGAUCAUCGCCGGCACUUACCUCGCGCAUACCUAUCAAUCCUUCUCUGUCUGGGCGCUCGAUCUACAAACUAUGCAGUGGUCUCGUAUCGACCCCGGUAGUGCUCUGGCGACGGGCUCAUGGUUCCGUGGCUGCCUCUGGCCGGAGGCCAAUAAAUUCUUAAUUUUCGGUAAUCGGUACGGGAAUCUUGUCGAGGAUUACAAUCGAAGACUGCUGAGCUGGGACCACGUCGCUUGUAUCGAUCUCGAGGCGUUUGGAAUUUAUCAGCCGCCAAGGCUUCUCAUAGAUAUACCCCAGCAGGAGCUUGGAUUAGCGGCUUUGGAAGAAGGGGUCCUGGCGGACUUCGAAAUUAUAUGUGAUGAUGGGCGUCGGAUUGAGUGCUCUCGCAAAGUCUUGGAGGAACGCUGGCCGUGGAUGAAAGAACAGAGAAGGAAAUUCCUUGCUGCAGCCCAGCGAACGUUGAACACGCUCCCGCAAAAUUCGCAGCACGUCAGUCUCCCAGAUAUACCCGGUGCUUCGGGAACGGAGGACCCGAAGCCUGAUCCACGCUUAACCCCCCGCUCGUUCAACUUAUCGGAACCAUACCCCAUAGCCCUGGCCUUCGUGCAGUACUUCUAUACUCUGUCCUUGAUAACGCCAUUACAGCACGCUCCCGCUGUGCUGAGCCAACUGCUGGUGCUGGCGAGCACCUACAAGCUCCAUCAUCUCGAAGAGCUGGUGAGGCAUGCGAUGCAUCGAGCUUUAUCGAACUCGACUUCCGUGGGGGUUUAUGAGGUUGCCACCCUUUGCAGUUGCCGGAGUCUGCAGAUUCGGUGA